GAAGUUGAAAUGGAAGAAGCUAUGGAUACUAAAGGUAUCACCUCAACUCAAAUUUUAGGUAGAGUUAAUGCCUUACUUAAAUUACAAGAAGCUCACGAAGAAUUAAGUGAACAAAUGGAAAAAGAAAUCCUCGAAAUUGAAAAGAAAUAUUUACUUAAAUUCCAACCACUUGCUGACAAGAGAGGUGAAAUUAUCAAAGGUAGCGUUGAACCAACAGAAGAAGAAAAAGGUGCUAAAGAACCAAUCACUGUUGAUAAUCUUACCUCAAAACCAGAAGUUAAAGGUAUUCCAAAUUUCUGGACCAUCGUUUUAAAGAACACCGAAAUUGGUGAAAUUAUCGAAACUGUUGAUGAAGAAGCCCUUUCACAUUUAGUUGACGUUAAAAUCACCCAAGUUGGUGAUAAUAGCGACUACAGCAUCGAUUUCCACUUUAGUGAAAAUCCAUUCUUUACCAAUACCGUUAUCUCUAAAACUGUUCACAUUCAAGAAGAUGAACUCCAAAGCAUUGAUUCAACCCCAAUCGAAUGGAAAGAAGGUAAAAACUUCACCUCUAAAGUUGUUAAGAAACAAGUAAAAGGCAGAGGUAAAGGUAAAGCUUCAACUGCUACCACUAAAAUGGUCAGUGAAUCUGUCCCAUGUUUCUUUGGUUCAUUCCUCGGAGCUGUUGCUGAAGAUGAUGAAGCCAUUGAAGAUGAAGAAGAAGAUGACCCAAGAAUGUACAUGCAAUUCCAAAUCAUUGCUAAAUUAAAGGAUAUUAUCAUUCCAAAUGCUGUCGAAUUUUUCCUUGGUCGUGCUGAUGAUCAAGAAGGUGAUAAUUACGAUGAUUUCGAAUUUGGUGGUGAAGAUUUUGAUGAAGAAGAAGAUGAAGAUGAUGAUGAAGAUCAAGUCAUUAGAAAACCAUCUGCUAAAGGUAAACCAGCCGUCCCACAAGAUCCAAAUUGCAAACAACAAUAG